GAGUGUCUCUCGUUCGCACGACUACUCUCACUGUGUUUUUUUUUUGCUGUGAGAAAGAAACAGCAGAAAAUGGAGAGAAAGAAUGAAAAAAGCAGUUUGGAUUCUCCACUGAUAUUACCAGUUAGAGAAGAAAACAAGGCAGAGAUUAUUAUUGAAGAAGUUAAGAAACAAUUAUGGUUAUCUGGACCUCUUAUUACAGUUAAUGUCUUGCAGUUCUGUAUACAGUUGAUUUCAAUCAUGUUUGUUGGUCAUCUUGGUGAACUCUCACUAUCUGGUGCUUCUAUGGCUACUUCUUUUGCAACUGUUACUGGGUUCAGCUUAUUGAUGGGGAUGGGAAGUGCAUUAGAUACUCUGUGUGGCCAAUCUUACGGAGCAAAACAAUAUCAUAUGUUAGGCAUACAUAUGCAAAGGGGCAUGUUUGUUCUUUUACUUGUUAGUGUUCCGCUUUCUUUCAUUUGGGCUAACACAGGCCGUAUUCUCAUAGCUGUGGGACAAGAUCCUGAAAUAUCAGCUGAAGCCGGAGUUUACGCUCGUUACAUGAUUCCUUCCCUGUUCGCGUAUGGACUUCUUCAAUGUCAUAUCAGGUUUCUACAAACCCAAAACAUAGUCAUUCCAAUGAUGAUAAGUUCUGCAGUGACGGCCUUACUGCACUUCGUUGUAUGUUGGGUUCUGGUUUUCAAAGUUGGCCUAGGAAAUAGAGGUGCUGCAAUGGCGAAUUCUGUCUCUUAUUGGGUUAAUCUGAUACUUCUAGUACUUUAUGUUAAGUACUCGGGUAAAUGCAAAAGGACUUGGACUGGUUUCUCAAAAGAAGCAUUCCGUGACAUUCUUAACUUUAUAAGACUCGCAAUUCCUUCGGCCAUUAUGGUCUGCUUAGAAAUGUGGUCUUUUGAGCUGAUGGUUCUGCUGUCGGGUUUGCUUCCUAACCCAAAGCUAGAAACUUCGGUCCUAUCGAUCUGUCUUAACACAUGUGCAUUAGUCUGGAUGAUCCCAAAUGGACUUGGUGGGGCUGUAAGCACAAGAGUUUCGAAUGAGCUAGGAGCAGGUCAUCCUCAAGCUGCACGUUUAGCAGUGCAAGUUGUGUUUGUUCUGGCAGUCACGGAGGGAAUUCUUAUAGGCACAAUCAUGAUUUUGGGACGCUAUAUUUGGGGCAAUGCUUAUAGCAAUGAAAAAGAGGUGGUGAAUUACGUAGCAUUCAUGAUGCCAAUACUGGCUGUCUCCAACUUUUUUGAUGGACUUCAAGCCGUUCUUUCAGGUACGGCUAGAGGAUGUGGUUGGCAAAAGAUUGGGGCCUUAGUCAAUCUGGGAUCUUAUUACCUUGUUGGAAUUCCUUCUGCGGUUGUAUUGGCUUUUGUUCUCCAUGUUGGAGGAAAGGGACUUUGGGUUGGGAUAAUAUGCGCACUUCUCGUUCAAGUUUUUUCGCUUCUUAUCAUCACUAUACGCACCAAUUGGGAACAAGAAGCGAAACGGGCGUCAGAAAGAGUCUUUGAUGCUGCAAUUCCUGUGAUUAUGGUGUCAUAAAGCACUGGAAAAUUUCCGCAGUUCUUUGUGUAACAAUUUCCUCGGUGAAAAUCACAUGAAUAAUCUAGUACUAGUUGAUAUUAAAUCUCAUCCUAGAAUUAGAAACACAAAAAAAAUAUAAUUUUGAAGAAAUGAUGCCUGCAACUGCAAGCUUGAGAAAAUGGUUGCUUCUUUGACCAGAUUUAUCAAUUUUUCUCUGAAUGCGACAACGACAUAAGGAUUGAUGAUGCA